UUUGCGACGAUGAAGGCGUCGAGUAAAAACUGGUAAGUACGAGCGGUACCCAUCUGUCAACCAAGUGUCAAGCAGUUCUCUUGGGAGCUGCCAAGUACAGAUUAGCGUUGAAGGCGGCGCGAGGGUUGCUCAGCGCGCAGAAACUCCCCUCCGGUUUACACUUACUUGGUAUUCUGCAGUGACCCGAUUUUCGCGAGACGAAUAUCCUCAAAAGUCUAUCACCCGAAACGAGGUAGCGUCGGACUUGGGUGUGAGGCCUUGAGGGCUUGGCGUUAGUUAGAGUCUUUUGCUUCUCUUCCCCACAUCCCAACCCCUACGAGCAUGGGCGCGCGAACAGCACGUACAACACUGUACAGCAUUAUCCUCGGAUUGUCUAUCUGCGUCAAUGGUCUUGCGAUUGCGCUCGCAGUGGUUGUGUCAUCCGAUGUGGAUUAUCCUUCUUAUGGGUCUCCCUCGAUCUCACGCUCACGGAGUCGCCUACUGCUCGCCCAUUCUCAUUUUGCUGUUCGCUUCGGGAUCGUAGCGGCUGUGGUGGCGCCACUCACGUGGAUAUGGACGAGUGUUCUGCUAGCUUGGAACAAUAAACCACGUUCCAACAGUGGGCUGGCAAUCUCGCUAACCCAUUUUAUCUCGUUCAUCAUCAUGUCCCUUCUUUGGUUUGCCGUCGCCAUCUUACUUUUGACCGAAACGCGGUACUCGUGCAGUGCCAUCUACGCUCCGGGAAGUUAUCUUGGGAACGUUCUCGCUGUUUGGUGUGGUAUGACAUCAUCCAUCGGUGCUCUUUCGUUGGUUAUCUCUAUUCUUUGUGGCGCUACUGCGCUGGUCAUCCUUCUCACCUGCCGCAAAGCCGGAGGACUUUAUGCGAAGCUAGUUGCUUCCGAUGGAAGUGAACACGCCGAAAGUGCGCUACAACCGAUGAAACACGCCACCAGAGUUCGUACGGCACUUUACUCUCUUAUCCUGGUAUUUGGUCUGGCUAUUAAUGGCGUGACUCCAGUAUCUGCUAUCCUCACGAUUUAUGAAACGGUUUAUGAAACGGACGAAGGCUUAUCGUAUCUGGGUGGUGCGGAUACGGCAUUCAUGGCUAUCGCAUUUUUCUGUGCCUUGUUUACCUGGAUAUGGGCCAGUGUUCUCCUCGCAUACCACCGCCGUAUCAAAUCGACAGACACUAUCACCAGGGCAUCUGCCCACUGCAUCUCAACGAUGGUACUUAGCAUAGUUUGGCUCGUGCUCGGAAUAAUUAUCCUCGGCUUGACUGGUACUAAGUGUACGCCCGGGAUCGAGAGCUUCACGGUGUGGGGAUAUUGUGCUUUCAAUAUCCCAGUGGGUGUCUUAGCACUGUGUUUGUCAAUUCUACUCAGUUCCGCAUCCCUCUUCAUCUAUUUACGUACCAAGAGCGGAGGAGCCUCGCUGUCCAAAUGCCAUGUGGCCCAAUUCGAUGGCGGGGCGACGGAAGUGUUCCAAUCGUAUCACACCCAUGAUAUGAAAGCGCCUAUGUCCGACUCCGAUUGUGUCACUGUACCAACCUCCCAUCACUGCUGCCAUGAUUGUGAGCAUACCCGGGCUUGAUUCGUGUAGGACUUCAUGUAGUAUCUUUCGAAUAAAAGUUGAAUCUUGCGUGA